GUCAUAAAUGGUACGGAACCCUUCAUGGGCGAGUCCAAUUCGCCCUUGGCCGCUUUUUCUUCUUCAGUCGUUCAGUGCUGAGGAUCAUGAAAUCAUGUCCUUCUGUUGAAGACCAGGUUCCUCCUUAGGCGUGCAUGCACUGGCGUGCACUGCAGAUCACUAAACCAUGUGUGUUUGUUACAGGGUGCUCUCUGCGCUGGUUCCGCCUGCGCGGCAACCUGCUGUUCUACCUGAAGGGUCCCGAGCCGUGGUACGAGCCCAUGGGCGUUAUAGUCCUGGGCCACCACCAGGUCAAGACCCAGCCGCCUGAUGAGAACGGCCACUGGCCCUUUCAAAUAGUAUGGGACAACGGUGUGAGCUACCGCAUGGCGACGCACCACGAGUCGGAGCGCACGCUGUGGCUGAAAGCGAUACAAAUGGCGCCCUACGACAACAUCAAGACGCAGAUCGUCUCGUUGAGGGACCGGCUUAACAAGAUACGACCUCAUGUUGAUAUAGCUACUUACAGGCUUCAGAGAGGCAUUGUUACUGAUAUGAACGAGGUGCCUCUCUGCGAGCUAGCGCUCUCCUGCGACAACCUCCUGUGUGACACGCACGGACGUCCCCCCUCCCCCCUAGUAGUCCUCUACGUUCGCUACCCGAAGGGCCUCUGCGUUCGAUAUGGUACCACCGAGAUUGUCGAGACGUGCAGCAAUCCCUGCUUCUCAAAGACCAUCCUAUUCCGAGCGAGCGACGGCCUCACCGGAGACGCGGUGGUACGCAUAGUGGUGUACGAUGUCAAGGAGAGGGUAUCGGAGACCACCGUGCCUAUGGGGUAUACGUCGCUCACGCUCGCCACCAUACAGGAUUCUCAACGUCUACGAGUAGCCUUAUCAACUCGAGAAAACAAGACUGUCGGCUUUGUGACCAUCAACGGCUGGAGCCUGGAGCCCUCCUACAUCGGCAGCCCCGUGCACACGGACAAAACUGUAGACAUCCACAGAAUACAGUGUCACCGGCGCUCACAGUCCUUACCACCUAGAUUGGGCCUGAAGCUAAAGUUCCCGUCCUAUGGAAAUGUUUUGAAGCAGAAUUUCGUGAACAGCCACCAAGUGACGUACAGGUUCCAUUCAGGGCUGGGCGGGGAUAUAACGGUGCACGAGGUUAUGGCCGAGGCGAAGAUCUGCUUUCAACUGCCGGCAGAAUUACUAGACAUCUUCAUCCAACGCGAGAAGGAGUUAUUGGAGCAGCUCCUGUCCGUGGGCGAGAUCUGUGGGCACUGGCAACACAAGCAGCUGGAGCUGGUCGGGGCGCACGUGGCGCUUCUGAAGCACUAUUGCCGCUGCCGGCGCUGCUUGAGUAGCCCCGAGGGGCAUUUCAAGCCGAGCGCCAAAAAAGACCACGCGAGCCUCGAGUUCGCGCCGGUCAAUCUCCACUUGCAGAGGAUGUGGGUGCACAACGAUACCCUCAAUAAGUCCGGCUUCCAUGACGUCAUCACCGCGGGGGCGUUCGCCGUGCACACUAAUAAGAACGAGCGUACCGGCGGACUUAUACGGCUAGUCCAACAAGCCAAAGACGUGAACAGCACCAAGGCCGCCAUAGAUUCCGCCACGGCCAACAAGAUACAAGCCGAGUACGACAACGUAGUGGCCAUCAGGGCGCUGCGGGACGACAUAGCGGCCGACGCCGCGCGCGUGUGCACGUGCGUGCAGGCGGGGCGGGGGGACGAAGCCACGGCGUCACUUGAGGAUAUAAAGAGCAAAGUGAAAAGAAUGAUCUCGCUCUGGGACCCAAACGCUAUAGAGGAAUCUCUCUCAGUCAUCGGGUGGCCACAAAAAAUCAGCAACGAGUCCGAAAUACAGACAACCUGCACAAUAAAGCGGCUGAUCGAGCAGCUCAGCUCCUCCGACACGCACAGCUCCGACUGCGACACGCUGUCCUCCUGCUCCUCCUCCAAGGACCCCUCCCCCACCACCGACCCCCCUCCGCUCUCCUCGAGCGCCCCGAACAUCAACAAGAACCUCGAGUUCCACAACGAUUACUUCGAGAGUGAACGGAAACUGUUCAACCAUUCAUUCCGUUCCGUUCGUUCGCAAACGCCGAGGUUGAACGAGCAAUGCCGCUCGCUGGACGCUAAGAAUGAGUUUGGGAGCGUCGAACUUCCUUAUAAGUGCUUGGACUUGAGCACGGGGAAAAAGACGAGUUCUCAAAGCCAAAUAGACCCUGCCGUGAAAGAAACCAACCUGUCUUGUCUGAAACACUUGACCAUCGAACUGCAAGAAGCAUUGGAAGCCUAUAGCUCUACAGCUGUAGACGCGGCGCAAUCGAAAGCCUCCCUGGAGCUUUUAGAAACGCACGCCGCCCGCCUCCUAACGAGCGCGCGCGCAUUAGUGUCCCGCGCGAACGUCGCGCACGCGGCAUUGCGUCUACGCUGCGAGCCCGCGCAGUGGACGCGCGAUCACGCGCAGUUGCAGGCUAGAAGAGACAAGUGCUUCAGCCAGGCGCUAACAACAGUAACCACGGGCCUAGUAUCAUGGCUAUGCGGGGCGAAUGCGCACAUCGCCUCGCUGCUCUCGUCGGGGCUGGGCCCGCUGUGCGGGUUCGAGGGGCUACUUAGUCUGUACGCGGCCGAGCGCGCCAUGUGGGGCGACAUGGCCGUCGCGGUCGAGGAUUUACACACUGUGCAGUUUACGUUGACUAAGAGUGACCAUAACAAUGUCACACCUCACGUAUCGGGGACGCGGGGCUCCCUGAUCGUGCACAUACCCAUCUCAGACUCUUUAUAUGCCAAAUUUACUAACAAAGAGCAUCUAACCUUCACAUUAACCGCCGUAUUCUUCAACAUCGGUGUAAACGAGAAGGCCACCCUGGCCGAGGCGCUCGGCGAGACCACGCCGCAGUACCACUCCAACUGCGACAACUACGAUCGCCUGCACAAGUAUUAUCUCAAGUUCUGCAAGGUGUGCCCGCAGGAUCACACGGCUAGAGGUAAGCAUACGCAUAUUACGUCAUCUCGAACGAAACCGCUGGAAGAAGUGAUGGAGAACCUCAGGAUAGCGGUGCACAAGAAGGUGCCGAAAAACGUCGAGGUGCUUCAUCUAGCUGGGCUAGCCAUUAGGCUUAUGAACGGUAUCCGAUUCACGUCGUGCAAAAGCGCCAAAGACCGCACAGGCAUGUCGGUCACCCUCGAGCAAUGCUCCAUCCUCGCCUCCGAAUAUCAUCUCGCCGACACCGAGAUGAGGAAAGCUCUCGCCAUCAUGAGAAGCGAGGGCUGCCGCCGAGAGAACACGUUCAAGAACAUCGGCGUGAGGAAAUACGCUUUCACGAAGAAGCAGGUAGCAGCCCUACCCGAGGACUAUAGGCCUCCACCUGGCACCUUCAGUUCUUCGCAAACUUAAGUACUUACCUCUUCUUAGAUCGAGACUGAAACAUCCCCUCAUAAGGGGCGAAGCCCCUUUCUAAGUGGGCUUACUGACUUACGGAGAAGCAUGUAGCGGCAUUACCAAAGGACUACAGGCCUCUCCUUGGCACAUUCAGCUCUUCGUAAACUUAAGAACUUACAUCUUAGAUCGAGACUGAAACAUCCCCUCUUGAGGGGCGAAGUCCCCUUCUAACUGGUUUUACGGUAAAGCAAGAAGCGGCUCUACCCGAGGACUAUAGACCUCCCUUUGGCACCUUUAACUCUUCACAAAAUUAAGUAUUUUUGACAAAAACUUCAACCUGACUACCCUCUCAUAGGAAACAAAGCUCAUUCGGAAGGGGCAAAGCCCCAUGUUACGUGGGCAAUACAUAUUUAAACCACCUAGAGCAGUGGAGGUAUCUCUAAAGGUGGGCAAGUACUUGCCCUUACAAAUAUAGGGUAAAAGCAUUGACUCCUUUACUCUCUUUAACCGUUGUCCCCCCGUUUUUUAUGUCUUAACUAGCCCUAUCAAAGGGGAAGUACACAUUUGUAGGGCAUUGCCCUCUUUACAGUGUUUUAGGCGUCUGAAAGGUAGAAAAUUGCACCAUUGUAGAGAGAGACAUCUAUGUGGAGGGGCGUAGUCCCAUUCACAAGGGGCAUUGCCCCCUUUACAGUGUUUUAGGCAUCUAAAAGGUAGAAAACUGCACCCUUGUAGAGAGACACAUCUAUGUGGAGGGGCGUAGUCCACUUUAAAAGGGGCAUUGCCCCGUACCGACACUUUCAUAUCCACUUCAAAAAUCUAUUGGAGUUUUUAAUAUUAUAUCUGUUAUCAUCUUUUUUAGUUUAAUUUAACUAACAGUGUAUACUGUUAAUCGUACUUAAAAGCAUGAAUGACUGUACAUGUCAAGUAGCAUUACCUUUAAAAUAAUAGGGAUCAAUAGUUUUAUUUAAAUAGGUCUUAUGAAGUAGGUAUUUACCUCGCAGA